UGCAGCGCUCAGCGGUUUCAGCGGAGGGGGUCAGGCCGGACUCGCGGAACAGUCGUCUCCUUCUCACCAGUCGUCGGACCCAUGUUUCAUUUAUCGGACAUGGAUUUCGACGCGUUGUUCGACGAGAGGACUUUCCAGUUCUCGGACUUCCAGGAGUUCACGUUCAUCCCUGGACACCAGAAGUUGACCGAGCGGGUGAAGAAGAGAUUGUACUAUGGGCUGGACAGUGACGUCACCUUCGAUGCUCUCUCCUGCCCAGUUACAGAUAUUGCCGUUGAAAUUUUCCAGAAAUCGGCCCCCAGCCCGAUCAGAAAGCUCCAGAAGAAGUAUGCAUCACAUGUUGUCAGGGAGGCGUGUAUCUCCCCGUGCGCCAUGAUGCUGGCGCUGGUUUACAUCGAAAGACUCCGACACAGAAACCCUGAAUACCUGCAAAAGAUCUCCUCCUCCGACCUCUUCCUGAUCUCUAUGAUGGUUGCCAGCAAGUACCUGUACGAUGAAGGAGAGGACGAGGAGGUUUUCAACGAUGAGUGGGGAGCGGCCGGGAAGCUGGACGUCCAAACUGUCAAUAACCUGGAGAUGAACUUCUUGAAUGCCAUUGAGUGGAGCCUUUUCACGGAGCCGAAUGACUUCUUUGGCAUAUUAAGUCAUCUGGAAACCAGCAUCGCGGAGCGGCAGGGGAUGAAGCGCGGCUGGUUCACCUACACUGACCUCUGUGUGCUGCUGGAACAAGCUGCCUGGAGCCAGGCCCUCACCGCCAUCUACCUGCACUUUACCAAGGUGACCUGUAUGCUCGGCCUGGUCUAUCUGACCAGCGUGACCGGCCUCAUCGCCACCAGCGCUGCGCUGCACCAGCUCCCUCUCUCCAGGGCCGGUCAGUCCUCGCUCGCCCCCCCGGCCGACAUCUCCCCGAGCUUCCUUCCGACCUCCGACCUCAAACCAGACGCUCCUGUUACGGCCCAGCGACCUCCCUGCUGCGUUCCGGCCAACGAGAGCCUGAAUCACGCCAUUGCACCUGAAGGCGCUCAGCACCACAUCCCGAAUCCACCAUCGGCUUCCCAGCAGACGUCGGUCUUGUGUCUGUGGGGCUCGCUCCUCGCUUCCAUGGGCCACAUCCAUCCUGAAACAAUGUCUGACGCUGAAACCUCUCCCACCUGGACGGCUGCUUCCUUCUUCUGUCCCGGCUGUCUCGCGACCCUCCCGCCUCUUCACUGCGAACUUAAAAACACCUCAGCACUCUUCGCCCGCGGCUCGCCUCACAGCCAUCAGCGCCAUGCACCGCUGCCGGCGUCCGACCUCCUCAGGGCCUCCGAACUGAACUCCCGCCUGGGGGCGUUGCCCUCCGUACAGCUGGGCUCCUGCCACCCAGCCUCCUUGUUACCUAUCGAGAAAGCCCCGGCUCUCCUCAUGCCCGGCUAGACGCUUGGAAGCACCACUGCUGCCGACCUGUAGUAACAGACUCUGGACAAUUCUCAUCAACUGCUUUAAUCCGAUUGUUGUUUAUUUUUCCAGGUCUAGAAUACAGGUGUGAAGGAAACUGGCUCAUUACAGUCACGAGUUAGUUUGACAGCACAGCCCAGCGGGAGAAUUCACUUAUAGCUCAAUGCUGCAGAUACACUUGCCAUAAGUAAACACGCCAUAGUUCGCAGUAAAUGCCCGACAACUUGUUUUUACUGCAGAGAAGGAGUUACAGGAUGUUUUAUAUUGUUGUUUUGGCUUCAACCAAACUCUUUUACUACUCACAAUUGUCGUUGGAAAGUUCAGAGUGAGGGCGGGGGG